ACGGGCUGCCCCAGAUCCAGCAGAGGCCUUAAUUUUCUCUUUGAAUUCUGGAGCAAUCUGUUCUGUUUCCUGUAUGCACCUCAAAAAUCUUCACCGGGCUGCAUUUUCUCUCAGAUUUGAGUAAAAGAUUUAAAGCCAAGCUAAGGAAUCUAAAUUUUGAGGGGCUCUUGGCGAGAUCUCCAGCAUGUUGAAUUCUCCAAAGGCCUUUAAACCCAGAGCAGCGCUUUGGAGCGUUUAUAAGCGGUGAAAUGAACACAGCGCUGUGGCUUUCGGUGGCGUCAAUUUUGAGGGAGAGACUUGGCGGUGGUUACCUAAGGGAUGAGACUAACGGAAGCGAGCUGAACGAGGAAAACCAAGAGCCCAUUUUCGAGAUGGAAAGGCCAGCAGACUCAGCUGUGAUUUCACCACGCACGCCACAGACGAGUGCCAGUCCACCGUCUCCCCAUACUAGUAGUUCAAGAAAACAACCUAUGAGUGCAACACUAAGAGAACGACUAAGGAAAACAAGAUCUUCAUUUAAUUCCUGUUAUAGUGUGGUUAAACGUCUUAAAGUAGAGGAUGAAGAGAAUGAUCAGACCUUUUCAGAGAAACCAACAUCUUCAACAGAAGAAAACCACUUGGAAUUUCCAGAAAAUUUUAAACAUGUAGACACUGAACUUCAAGAAAGUACAUAUUUAAAAAAUACUUUCAAGGACAUCAAUGCAUAUGAAUCUAAAUCACUUGAUACUGGGUCAUGCAGUGAUCUCCAGAGUGAUUUGGUGAAUGAGAGUAUUUCCAAACAAGGAUUAAAUGAAGAAAAGGCAAAAUUGAUGAAACAGGUUCAGGAGAAAGAAGACCUUCUUCGGAGACUAAAAUUAGUCAAAAUGUAUAGAUCAAAGAAUGACCUGUCUCAGUUACAGUCCUUGAUAAAGAAGUGGAGAUGCUGUAGCCAGCUCUUGCUUUAUGAGUUGCAGUCAUCUAUCUCUGAAGAGAAUAAGAAGCUAAGUCUUACUCAAUUGAUAGAUUUUUAUGGGUUAGACGAUAAGCUGCUACACUAUAAUAGAAAUGAAGAGGAAUUUAUAGGUAUUUAAUUUAUUUUUCUCCAGAAUGUCUUUGCUGAUGACGAGUUAGCUUAAGGGGGCUUAUACAUUUAAGACUAAAUAAGACCAAUUAAGACUAAGAAUAAAAUAGAUCUGGAGCACAUUCUAGUUAUAAUCUUGUUCAUUCUUCAAUAAAAACAAUUCAUGAUAUUUUAUACAUUUAUUCAUGCAGAGCUAAUAUUUUUAUAAUGGUUAAGACUAAAAUAAAAUAAUUUGCUAUAAUUAAGAUGAGACUCUACCAAAAUUUCUUGAUAUGAAAGAGAAAAAAAUCUUAAUCAGUUCAAGUAUUUUUUAAAUGUUGAUUUGGCCUAUAUUUCCCCAGCAGCAUUUUCACAUUUGAACAAGAGCAGGAAAUGUUUUCAUCCGCAAUCGUUCAACUUCAGCCUGCAGUACUGAAAUCUGUUCAGCUUGUUCUUUUGAAAUAUGUGUUAACUUUUGUUGUUGCAUCAUGUUUUCAUAUCGUUCUUUGGCAAUCUUUUCACAAGUCAGUGUAGACCCUAUCCCAAAAGUGAAGAUGAAAAGGAUUGGUUGGGUUAUUAUCUAAACUUUGAAAAACUAAAAUAUCACUUAGAAUCAAUUAAACAUGGAAGAAAUAAAUGGUGGCAGGUUUAUAACAACAGUAUAGAUUUUAGGAAUCAUGAUUACUUUUAAAGAAACCUACAGUUGACUAAAGAAAAAAAGCUUACCCAUGGCUUGACAGAUGUCUUUUCUCUCUGAGAUAGCCACCAGCUCUUCUCGUAAGUUGCAACUUAGAUGAUAAUUUGCUACAUCUUUUUGAUUGCUGAACUUUUCCAGUUUUUUAAGUAGUUUUUUACAAUUUUCCACAUUCUUUUUGUGGGUCUGUAAUUUUUUCCCCAAAAAAUCCCACAAAAAUAAUUUUAAAAAUAUUAGUUAUUCUAGAGACAUUAUUCUUAAGUUUUUAAUUAUAAUAUAUUAUCUUCCUAUCCCUACUUCCUACCACAAUGCCUGCAUAAAGUAGGUACUUAAAUUAUUUGUCGAAAGAUAUAAUGAUAUAAUGGUCUCCUCUUAUCCAUAUUCCAAGACACCCAAUGAAUGUCUGAAACCAUGGAUAGUAUUGAACCCUAUAUAUACUAUGUUUUCCCUAUACAUAAAUACUUAUGAUAAAGUUUAAUUUACAAAUUAAGUACGGUGAGAUAAACAAUAAAAUAGAAAAAUUACGAUAUACUGUCAUAAAAGAUAAAUGAAUGUGGUCUCUCCUCUCUCAGCAUAUCUUAUUGAACUUAUUAUUUUUGAACCAUGGUUGACUGUAGGUAACUGAAAUUAUGCAAAGUGAGUAAGGGGGAGGCCGCUGUAUGUUAAUACCACAUUUUAGAAAAAAUCUUAUUUAUUUGAAAGAAGAUUAAAAAAUACAUAGCUUUUGUUUAUUUUAUAUUUACAAUCAAAACUGAGCAUUUGUUAAGUAGAUUGAAUAGUCUUUACAAUGCCAAGGAAAGACUAUCAAUACGUCUGUUACAUUACUCAUAAUCUGAUGCAAAAUAGGAAAUUCACAUAUGCUCACAUAACUCCCAAGAUACCUGUUAUUAUUUAUGAGUUAAUAUUUAAAAAGGUGCUUCAGUCUACCGCACUUGCUAUGGUUGCAAAGACACUAUUCAAGGACCUCUAUUUAUGUCCUUUAGGGCCAGUUUUCCCCAAAGGAUCAGGUGGGCCUUUCUCAACAAGCCUAGAGUAGGAUUUGACAUGAGAACUAGAGGUCGAUACAGGCCUUGUGAGUCUUGGGAAGUCUAUUACUGUUACUUAAGUAAUAUAGUUUGUUUUGAGUUGAGAGUAGUGAAGGUCCUGAAGGUUGAGGAGAAACACUGCCCUUGCCUGAGUCCUUUGCCCUUCCUGAAUUGAAGAAGAUAUCACAGCUCCCCCUUCUGUGGACUAGAAGAAUGUAGUUGGGGUGGGUGGGAUCUCAUUCAGUUCAGGUUUAUUGAUGGACCUGUCACCUCUGAGGAUUUCAUCUUUACUCUCAGAGUAGGAUGAGGUAACCCCUACCCCCUUGUCUGUCAUAUUCCUCUUUCCUCUCUUCUUGACAUGCUAGGUCCCUAAGUGCAGGAAAAUAUCCCAUUCCAUUAUUUCUAAUUCACAGCCAUGUAAAUUCUUCACACAUUUGUUAUUAAAAUGAUUUUUUUCUCUGCUCACCCAUCUAUUGAUCGUCCAGCCUGAGAAGAACCCAGAGUGUAGGAGGAUUUCCUCCUGUACCAAGACAUUCUGCAUAUCAAUAAGUGAUCAAGAUUUUGUUAGUUUCUAUUUGAAUUCACAAUUUGAAACACUACUUCUUUGUUCAAAUGAUUCACAACUUUUGAAAUUUAUAGUGUUCAAUAUCUUUGAGGCCUACCUUAUCUAAAACAGCAAUAGUUUGCUCCAUUAUUCCAAUCUGAAUGGCAAUCAGAGUCUCAUAGUUUGGUUCAUUUAGAUACUUAGGGAAAAAAAACACAAUAUGUUAAGGAUAUUUUCAUCUGGUGUCAAUAAUAACUUUAUCAAGAUUAUUUUAGCUUUGAAAGUUGCCAUUUUUCAAUAAAAACACCUAAGGCUGAUUUGACUUUUGUGCCGUGAUAUUUUCUUGUAUUAAGCUAUUGAUACACUAAUAAUUACAAAUGUCUAGAAUUUAUUUUCUCAUUCAUUUCUUCAACUUGCCAAAUUUUCAUUAAGUGUCUCAUUAGAGUCCUAUAUUAACAGAAUCCUAAUUAAAGAUAGUAAGAUACAAAGAUAGGCUGCUUGGCAUAGCCUUCAAGAAAGUGAAAAUGGAGAUAUGAUUAGUUGUCCAAAGUUAAAGUGAUGUGCAAAUUCAAAGAUGUUUUAAGAUGAGAUGUGGUUUCUCAGGAUUCAGAAAUCAAAAGACUUUAUGGAGGAAGUGGCAUUUAAAUUCAACUUUGAAAAACAGAAUUGGGGCCUCCCUGGUGGCGCAGCGGUUGAGC